AUGCGACGUGAUUUCACUUGGACAUUUACCGUGGCCAACGUGAAGGUACCCAUCCUCGGCGCGGAUUUCCUGGCGCAUUACGCACUGGCGGUCCAUAUGAACCCUAGGACUCUGUCCGAUACGACUACGAAUCUCCGUGUCUUAGGUACCCUUACACGUCAAGGCUCCACAGGAAUCAGCGUCGCAACAUGCCAUGGUGGCGAGUACUUAGAUCUCCUGACACAGUUUACGGAUAUAACGCUGCCACUCCAAACGUUUUCAAAACCAACAUCUCCUUUCGUCGAGGAACUCCGCCACAAAAUGGCCCGGCUUAAAUAUGCAACUCCGCGACAGCAACCGGUGAAUUCGUACAUCCCUCAACACUUGCGGGAUUGCAAAUUCGUCUUCGUACGGAACGACGCCGUGAGUCGACCACUCACGCCGGCAUACCAAGGUCCUUUUCAUGUUCUUCGGCGCACCGACAAGCACCUUACGAUCAAGCGCGCCAACUCGACCGACACCAUCGCGAUCCAUCGGACCAAGCCUGCUUUUCUGGAGAAGCGACACGUACCCGGCAGACGCAGCACCGCAGACAUCAAACGAAACCCCAGCGACUCCUGUGCAGCUCGGCCCGGGGGGCAAUGA